AGUCGAAGACCACCGGCCUCGCACUCGCAAAACGGGACAUGCCAAUAUUAUGCAUUGCAACUUGUCUUUCACCCCACUAGCUGGAGAUAUUUUCAAUUCUGAGGUGCAUUCGGCGAGACUGGGGAGUGGCGGCAGUUUCGAAGUGUUUCUCUCACGGCAAACGCUUUCCCAAAUCCCCUGUAACGAUGGUCCAUAUUACGAUUCAGAAACGACCAUACAACGAGGCUGUCGUUACGCAGCGCAGGUUCUUCAAGAAAACCGCUCGAGGAAAGGUUAUCAAAAUCAUACGAGAGCGGUAUCUCAGAGACGAUAUCUAUUGCGGCAUCAUUGGCUGCAGGCUGUGUGCAAAUGGGACUACUGCAGUACUUCCUACCUCGGGGGAUACGACCCACAAGGACUUUCCUUGCGGUCAUUUUAUCCUACCUGACACCAACAUAUUCUUGACGCAGGCUCGUGUCCUCACCGUUGCGCCUUUUAUUGCACCUGAAUCCAUACAGAUGGACUUGUUCGAAUCGAACCAAUUUGCGUUUCCAGUCAUCCUCCUCCAGACUGUUAUGGAGGAGGUCCGUCAUCGGUCUCUUCCCCUCUACAACCGGCUGAAAGCUCUAGUCAAAUCAGACGACAAGCAAGUGUGGGUGUUCUACAAUGAAUUCAGGUGUGAGACUGCCAUCAUACGUGAUCAAGACGAGACGCCAAAUGACCGUAACGACCGAAGCAUUCGUGAAGGUGCUAAGUGGUAUAACUCUCACAUCCAGCUAGCACGUCCACCAAAAGGACAGAAACCGCCCAAGGUUCCCCAAGUAGUCCUACUUACUGAAGAUGCUGGUAAUCGCGGAAAAGCAUUAUCCGCGAACAUUCCAUGCAUGUCGAUUCGCCAAUAUGCAGAAGGCACCAGAAAUCCAGCACAACUUCUCGAUCUGCUUGCUUCCGCGAGAUCAGAGGAGAUAGAACCCACAAAAGCUACUGGGGCACGCACCGUUCUCUAUGCAGAACAUUUACCUAGUACGGCACUACUUGCUGGAGUGAACGCUGGUCAAAUUCAUCAAGGCUACUUUAACGCCAACUCCUAUAACUACCUCGAGGGAACCGUCCCUGUUCCAGCCUUCGCGAAGCCCGUGCUCCUCGUUGGACGCGAGAAUAUGAACCGCGCCGUGCAUGGCGAUAUUGUAGCCGUAGAAAUAUUUCCCGAGAGCGAGUGGAAAUCCCCAGGAGAUGAGGUCGUCGAUGCUGAGUCGACGCUCAAGAAUGAUGACGUGGAAUCUGGUGAUGAAAUCGACGAAAAUGACACUCUUGUUCAGGCACGAGAAUCACGCGCCAUUCGAAAGAGCGUGCAGGCUCCAGCAGAAAAACAACCCACGGGACGCGUCGUGGGUAUCGUGAAACGCAAUUGGCGUGCAUAUGUGUGUCAUAUCGACGCCUCUUCCCUUACGUCGUCGUCCACAUCCUCACUGGCCCUUCAAACUAUCUUUGCUUCUCCGGUCUCUCGUCUGCUUCCCCGUAUCCGCAUCCGAACACGUCAGGCACCCUCCCUAGUAGGCCAGAAAAUCCUCGUCGCGCCUGACCGAUGGGACCGCACGUCUCGCUAUCCCGACGGCCACUUUGUUAGAGCACUUGGUAAAGUUGAGAGUAAAGAAGCAGAACAGGAGUCACUUUUGCUUGAGUUCGACGUACCGUAUCGACCAUUCGGCAAGGCAAUAUUGGAUUGCUUGCCUGCAGAGGGUGAUGCCUGGAUCGUUCCGCCAAAGAGCAGUGGCGGCCCAGUGUGGAGGGACAGAGAAGAUUUGAGGGAGCUCAUCGUGUGUAGUAUUGAUCCACCUGGAUGCCAGGACAUCGACGACGCUUUGCAUGCGCGACGGUUGCCGAACGGGAAUAUUGAGGCCGGCGUGCACAUUGCGGACGUUUCCCACUUCGUGCACCCUGACACACCGAUGGAUACGGAAGCUGCCUCUCGAGGUACAACUGUAUACCUUGCGGACAAGCGCGUCGACAUGUUGCCAUCGCUAUUAGGAACGAAUUUGUGUUCGCUUCGUGCUGGCGUAGAGAGACUCGCCUUCAGCGUGAUCUGGGAGCUGACAGACGAUGCUAACAUCGUUAACGUUCGGUUCACGAAAUCUGUCAUAUCUUCUAAGGCGGCGCUGGAGUACUCGGAAGCCCAGAUGCGUCUGGACGAUUCUUCUCUCACAGAUCCCCUUACCUCAUCUAUACGUCUGCUCAACUCCCUCGCCAAAAAACUGAAAGCGAAACGCAUGGCAGCUGGUGCGCUGGACCUCGCCUCACCGGAGGUACGGAUAAAUCUGGCAUCACCUGAAUCAUCCGAUCCCCUCGUUGCUCCAUCUAACUCGCCAAACGCCGCUACAUCGACCAAUUCAAAGGACAAGAAGAAUGGAGAGACGAUUGGUGUCAUGCAGAAAGCUCUCCUUGCGACGAACAGCCUUGUUGAGGAGUUCAUGCUUCUCGCUAACAUUAGUGUUGCUAUGCGCAUAAAUGAGGCAUUCCCGCAGACGGCGGUCUUACGGCGUCACGUGGCCCCUCCCAAAACGAAUUUCGAAAAAUUGCAAGAUAUGUUGAUGAAACGCAAGGGUUUCACUCUAGACGUGUCUAGUUCGGGUGCGCUUGCCGCCUCCUUGGACAGAUGUGUGGAUCCUGAGAUGCCAGCAUUCAACACCCUUGUACGAAUUAUGGCGACGAGGUGCAUGACAUCUGCAGAGUAUUUCUGUGCUGGAAGCGUCUCUCGGGACACUUUCGGGCAUUAUGGGCUCGCAAGUCCGAUAUACACGCACUUCACGAGUCCCAUUCGGAGGUACGCAGACGUCCUCGCGCACCGCCAGCUCGCGGCGGCAAUUGCACAUACACCGCUCCAUCCUUCUUUCCAUUCUAAAGUCCAUAUAGAACGUAUCAUGGACGUCCUUAAUCGGCGACAUCGCAUGGCGCAAAUGGCAGGUCGCGCGAGCGUUGAGUUCUACGUUGGCCUGGCGCUGCGCGAGCGUGGGGAGGUUCUUGCAAAGACUGGUAACGUCGGGGGAGUCGCCGAGGAAGCAUUCGUCGUCCGGACAUUUAGGAAUGGGCUCGGUGUGUUCGUAUUCGAAUUGGGCUUGGAAGGUCUCGUCAUGUUCAAACAGGACAUUCGUUUCGACGCGGAGAACUACACCGUUACCCUUCCAUCCCAGACGGCCGGACGAGAGGUUACGAUCGCCCUUUUCGAUAAAGUCAAGGUGAGGAUUGACGUGGAGAAAGAUAAAAAUACGCAGCGGGGACGUGUUAAGAUGACACUCAUAAGCCCCGUGGAUUGCAGUGGAUUGUAACGUAGGCAAUAUGUUUCUUGGACACAUGAGAUGCGUGGGUCACACUGUAGUGGGAACAAGUAUUAAAUCUCCUUCAAGUUUGCCUGUCAUAAUCCUCGAGCGCCAUUGCUGCACUAGUUUUUUUUACAGAAGUACAAGCAGUAUACUGUGAUAGAAUGCAUCGAUGACGGUACGGGUGCCUGUAGUGGUUAUGUUAGGUAGUUUCUUUGCACUCUUUGAACCUGCUCGCCGUGGUGUCGUGUUGUCGGAAUCGACGACUUGAGUUGCGAGGACAUGUGUACAUAUGUAACUGGGAUUCUCAAGAUCUUGGCG